AUGGCUAGACCCCUCAUGAGCCCUCUGCUGCUUGAGAACACUUCAACCCCUGCCAAACCAGCUGGUCAGGUCUGCAAAGGGCUCUCUGAUGGCAAAGCAAGCGAAAAAUGGGCGGCAGAUACAUCAGCAGUCCCUUGGUCAACCCCCAAGAAGAGGGAUGAGCUUCAGGAUCAGUUCAGCCUGUUCAGCAAGCUGGAUAACGAUGAGCAUAUGCAACGCCUGCUUUUUCGGAAGGUUCAGAAGGGCUUUGAUGAGAAGGCAUACCAACUGGCAGUAGCCCAGCGAAAGAUUGAGGCACUACAAGCAGAGGUUGAUGCCAGUAGGGCCAGGAAACGCAAGAAGGUCAAAAUGAGCCCAAAUUCGAAGUUUGCUGAUAUUGAGGCUAUUCGGAGGGCUCAAAUCGAGGCGGGAGAACUUUACGGUUUCCGCUUUGCUGACUGGGCAGGAGGUGAAGCCUCAGCCCAAGACUUUGGCAUCUCGCAUGCCGUGGUCGUGCCACCGAAUGCCAGCCGAAUCAUAGUUGGCGGUCAACUUGGAAUCAAAGAAGACGGUUCAAUCCCUGAAAACAUCGAGGAUGAAGUAAAAGAAGCCUUCGAACAUGUCUCUCGCAGCCUCAAGGCGGCUGGUCUUGGCGACGACGCAUGGGAGCACGUCUAUUCUGUGAAAACUUUUGAAGUUGCGCACAAUGGCAAAGGCAUUGCUGGUGUGGUGAUCCCAAUUGCAAAGUCUUAUCUGAAGAAUACCCGACCUGUGUGGACGGGCGUGGAGGUUAAAUCUCUGGUCUUCCCUGCGCUACAUAUUGAAAUCACUGUCGAGGCCUAUUUGCCGAAAUAG